AUGCUGGCCGUUCGUCUUUUUAGACGAAUACCGGUAGGAACUUCUAGUAUCAAAUCUAAAUCUUGUCUUCGAUUACUUGCCGGUAUAACAAGUGGUGGUAGUGCACUGACAAUAGUAUGGAAACAUUAUCGAGUGCAUGCUUCGAAAAACCCGAAACUUGAUUCUAAUCAACUAUCAUCGAUUGUACGUGAAGUUGAAGGGAAAAAAGUAGCAUCAUCAUCAUCAUCAGAGAAAUUUGAUUGGAAACUUUUCUGGCAUUAUUUACGACCACAAAUAUGGGUUAUAGCAUGUGCAACAGCCACAGCUCUCGUAGUUGCCUAUUUAAAUGUAGCUAUACCACUUGAACUGGGAAAUCUUAUCAAUGUAAUAUCGAGUUUAUUCACAUCUUCAUCUUCAUCCGUAGACUUUAAAGAAAUGCUAUCGAAACCAACGUUUAGGCUUCUUCAAUUAUAUAUAUAUCAAUCAAUAGCUACAUUUGAAUAUAUCACUCUUCUAUCCAUAGCUGGUGAACGUAUGGCGGCUGCUAUUCGUCGAGAUCUUUUUCAAAAUGUUCUAAAAUUAGAUAUGGAAUUUUUCGACAGAACAAAAACAGGAGAAAUAAUGGAUAGAUUAACAUCCGAUGUUCAAGAGUUUAAAUCAAGUUUUAAAUUACUGAUUUCACAAGGUUUACGUGCAUCAACACAAAUUGUUGGUUCAGCUGUAUCACUCUAUUGUAUUUCUCCAACGUUAGCUACACUAGCUGGUCUUACCAUUCCGAGUAUUAUUGCAGGUGGUACAGUAUUCGGUUCUGUACUACGCAAACUUUCACGGCAAGCACAAGCACAAUUAUCCGUAUCGACUGGUAUUGCCUAUGAAGCUAUAUCAAACAUUCGAACAACUCGAGCGUUCGGUGCUGAAACAAAAGAACAUGAAAUGUUUCAAAAUGAAGUGAAUAAAGCUUGCGAACUUAAUAUACGAUUAGGUAUUGGCAUAGGUGUAUUUCAAGGUCUUAAUAAUCUAGUUAUGAAUGGUAUUGUAUUGAGUACGAUUGCUCUUGGUGGUCAAUUCGUUUCUCAACAACGUUUAUCUGCUGGUGAUUUGAUCGCAUUUCUAGUUGCAACACAAACUAUUCAACGAUCAUUAACACAAAUUUCAGUUCUAAUUGGACAAGCUAUUCGAGGAAUGUCAGCCGGCGCAAGAAUACAUGAAUAUCAAAAAUUAACAAGUUCUAUUCCACUGGAACAAGGUAUUCGCAUACCUUUUCAUUCUAUGCUUGGUCAAGUUCAAUUCUCGAAUGUUGGAUUUUCUUAUCCAACACGAGAGCAACAGAUGGUAUUAGAAAAUUUUAAUUUUACAAUUCCGUGUGGUAAAACUGUUGCUUUGGUAGGUCCAUCUGGAUCAGGUAAAUCCACAUUAUGUUCGCUACUUGUGCGUUUCUAUGAUCCAAUCAAUGGUCAAAUAACUAUUGAUGGAAAAGAUAUUCGUAAGUUUAAUGCAACAUGGCUUCGAUCGAACGUUAUUGGAAUGAUUAAUCAAGAGCCCAUCUUAUUUUCAACAACAAUUAUGGAAAAUAUUCGUUUUGGUAAACCAGAUGCAACCGAUGCCGAAGUUAUGGCAGCAGCUAAACUAGCCAUGGCACAUGAUUUUAUUCAAUUAUUUCCUGAUGGAUAUCGAACUGUUGUUGGUGAACGUGGUGUGACCGUUUCCGGUGGACAACGACAAAGAAUUGCCAUUGCCCGAGCUUUACUUAAGAAUCCAUCGAUAUUAAUUCUCGAUGAAGCUACAAGUGCACUUGAUGCUGAAUCGGAAAAGCAAGUUCAAUCAGCAAUUAAUAACGUUGCAAAGGGUCGUACAACACUAAUAAUUGCUCAUCGGCUGAGUACAAUACGUAAUGCAGAUAUAAUUGGUGUUAUGCUACAUGGAAAACUAGUCGAGAUGGGUACACAUACUGAAUUGAUGUCUAAGAAAAAUGGUGUUUAUGCUGAACUAAUGCGUAUCCAACAGUCUGGUAUUAAUAUCCUCUAA